CUGAGUCGAGCAGAUUGUUCAAUUCCGGCAGGUGGGAUAAAUUAAUUUGACAUUUACAUUAAAAUUUCUAGAAGGAUUGUGAAGCAUGGAGAUUCUGGUAUCGAUCUUGAUGUCGGUGUUCGGUGUGACUCUCGCAGCGGCGGCCAUGGCUCGUUAUGACAUCAUCUUCUACCCAUACUUCAAAAUUCCAUUUGAUUACGCAAAUGAAUCUUUCGUCGCUUCCUGUUUAAGUGAGUGCCGGCGCAGGUGUGUGGAUGACCCCGAGUGCACGGGCUGGACGGAGUGGCCCUCGGACAAGGGGAAUCUCAUCAACUGCACCCUCACGCGCUACCCACAGCCCGGCACCAUUCUGCAAUGGGCCGGCUACGGACCUGAAACUUACUUCAAAGAAAGGAAGCCGAAAAAAUACUUCUUGAGCUCUGAUGCCGGGUACGGGACCCACGACAACUUCACGACUCUGUGUGGUAAGGACGCAGGGCUGCCCGGGCUGGUGCACACCCUGCAGGACUACGAAUACAUCAGAGAUAACGUCAUAAAAGGCCCAGCUACUGCGGCAAACCCCGGAGGCUUCCUCCCUCUCAUAAGUUUCUUCGGCUGGAACUAUACGUGGAAAUCCAACGCCUGGACUGGAACUUGGAUGAACGUUGACGACCGCCACGUGCUUCGCCGCUUCUUCGUACCCUCCUUCUAUGACACUUGCAGUAUCAUCACCCCGACGAACGGCCUCACCCUCCAGGAGUAUCCGUGUAACAAAACGAAGCUUCAUGUUCUUUGCUACCAAUACUAGAGAAGUAAAAGAGGUUCAACAGGUCAACAUGUGCGGCACACAACGGAGCUUCAUGUUCUUUGCUACCAAUACUAGAGAAGGAAAG